UAGAAUAUGAAGAUCUUUGUACGUGUCUAUCUUGCUAGUGAGAAAUGGCUCUCUGGACAGAUUUUUGGGGAACUCAGAACGGUUAAUUUGGUUUCUUUGGCUGGGGAUUUAAUCUUGCUGCUAUUGAAGUAUUUUGGGAAAAACAUAUCUAUUCAUCCCCUAAAUCCAGAAAAGCUGUUCCAUAAUCUUGACAUAUACGAGGUCCUGGCUAGUCUUCAUCCAAAUGUAGGUUCUUUGUACUCCGACAAGGAUAUUUCUCGAGUUAGAGUUAACAGUGAUGAGGUUCUAAGGGGAUUGGCUGACUCUGUGAGGCGAACACUUCAUGAGUUUCAGAAUUACAUUGUUACAUACAUGACGAGAGAUUCUUUUGCGAACAUUCUAUCUGAAGGAAUUCAUCCUCUCACCAAAUAUGUAAUGAAGUACAUCAGUACUCUCGCUGACUACAGCGAGACCCUUAAUUUUCUCCUCAAGGACUAUGAUGGGGAAGAUUCCAUGUUAGCAUCCCCUUGCAAGAGUUCAGAUUUGGAAGAAGAGAACAUAAGUGGAAGCACAUGCAACUUUUCCCCAAUCGCUCACUCCUUUCGAUCAAAUGCCUCAAUUCUAAAGUGGCUUUACACUGGCUCCCCGAUGAGUUCAGCUAUGCAAGAAGAGAGCAUAAGUGGAGACACAACCAACUUUUCCCCAAUUUCUCUCCAACUGGGAUCGGAUGCUUCACUUCUAAAAUGGCUAUCCAAUUGCUUCCUGCUAAGUUCGGCUACAGAGGGAGAGAGCAUAAAUGGAGGCACAUGCGACAUUUCCCCACUGGCUCUCUACUUUCGAGUGGUUGCUUCCAUUUUAGAAUACGAGCUCUACAACAGGGCCAAGGCAUUUAAAGAUGCUUCUUUACAGCACAUAUUCUUGAUGAACAACAUGCAUUACGUGGCUGAAAAGGUGAAGAAUUCAGAACUUCAGUUCAUACUUGGAGAGGAAUGGAUACGAGAGCACACCAAGAAAUUCCAACAGCUUGUGUUGAACUAUGAGAGAAUUACUUGGAAUCCAAUCCACAACAUACUGAAUGACGAGGGGUCAAAUUUUGUCUCGAAAGCUCUUCUCCGGAAAAGGUUGCGAAGCUUUUACCUUGCUUUUGAAGGGGUUUGCAGGACCCAAACAACAUGUUCUAUCCCUGAUACUCAACUUCGAGAAGAUUUACGCAAUUCAGCUCCCCUCAAAGUCAUUCAUGCAUAUAAGAAAUUUGUUGAACUACAUGCCGAUCACAUAAGCAGUAAGCUCAUUAAGUACAGCAAUUUACAAAAUCGCUUAUUGCAUCUCUUUGAAGGCUCAAAAUUAGGAUGAUUUGUUAGCCCCCACAGGAGAUGACAGAAAGAAUGGAACUUUCUUGUCUAUUAUUUCCAUGUUACCUUGUUCCUCCUUUUCUCCCUUCAAAUUUGUAUUUUGAUAACCUAAUCAUAAAACCACAACAAGCUUGUAUUUUGAUU